AGCCUUCUGGGACCUGGGAGCUCAAACACCAAUCCGUCCCCAGCUUUGCCUUCAGCAAUGCCAUUCAAAGACCGAGAUGGCAAUGAUUUGGCGACCUGCUCGGUGGAGGAUGUUUACAAGGUGUGGAAGGAAGAGGCCAGCGUACGGAUGGUAGCUGUGCGGGCAGACCGGCUUUUCGAACCCUCAGCAGCCAAAACCCCUACUGAUCAGCCACGUGGGAUUCGGAUGAACAUCCGGGAUACUGUGCACAACAUGUAUGUGUUGAAACCGCUGUUGGAGAGAAUGGUGGAGCACACUCAUCAUCCUGUCCCCUAUGUCAAAGACUUGGCCCGGGAGAUCAAGCUCUUCAGAUCCAAGAUGAAUCUCAUCCCGCAGAAGGACAAGGUGAAGCUUGAUGCCUGGACAGCAAAAUCUAUGCUGAGCUUUGUGAAGAUGAAAACUCACAAGAACCUGGGAUCUCAUGACUUGCAUUUCCUGAGUCUUCAGCGCAUAUUGGAUCCAACCAUCCAGCCCUACAACCAAUGGAGCCCGGAUGGUGCUGAGUCAGAAGGGGAUGGGGAGUCGGGAUGUGAUGGCGAUGGGCUGGUCUACGAUCCUCAGGAUUACGAACAGGAUUCCGAUGUGGAUGAAUGGUUUGACAACUUCCUCAAGAGUUCUUCGAAUUUGGGCUCUGAGGCAGAUGCCCCAAAGGCUUUGCCAGACAAGGUCGAACCGGAUGAAUGCACGCGUCCUGUUGCCCGGCCACUUCAGCGGAGCAUGACAACAGGUCCAUCCAGUGGAUCAGAUGUGCUUAUGAUUGAGGAAUCCCCUGUCAAGGUUGAGGUGCUGGGCGAGGAUGACAAGAAUCCAUCAAACGACACGAAGGCCAAGAAGGUAGAGCAGAUCGCGCAACUCCGAGAGCACCUUAAGACUUUGGAGCUUCAAAUGGCCAAAGCCGCGUCAUGCCAUGCUGUCAUCGCUGCAGAUUUGAAGAGCUCUUCAACUUCAUCGGUUCUCGUCGAUGAAUCGCUCCCAUAUGGUCAAGAUUCAGAUCCCACUAUUCCCAUGGAUCUGUCCUCUGGUGUAACAGCAUCGGUAGAGGGGAUGAUUGCGAGGGGCGAACAAGCGGAUGCUGCUCAACUCCCUGAAGUCGAGACAAAGGAUCAGGAGGUUCUCACUCGUCGACAGCAACUUGGGCAGAUUGCUGAUUUGAACGAGGAGAAAAAGGAGAAUGGUGGGAGAGGUGGCCGUGGACGAGGUCGCGGACGUGGCCGUGGUAGGAAGGCUGAGGAGAAGCUGGCAUCCACUCCAGAGAAAAAGGUUCCUUCGAAGAGACCCCCGGUUGAGUCCCAGGCCAACACUCCUGAGAGACGCGAGCUGUUUCCAGACCCUGCUGCUGAGCCUCCUGUGCCUGAGGCAGCUUCUUCCUCAACGAAGCAGCCCAAGAAGAGGGCCAAAGCCAAAGCGCAGGGAAAAGCAAAGGCGAAGGCAGCUCCUUCCCAGCCUGCAGAGCCUGCCCAACCCGAAGCUGAGGCAGGUGGGUCUGCCCCAGAACCGGAUGAUGGAAAGGUGGCAGCCGAUGGAAAGAUGGAGCCUGCGCAACGCCUCCCAGGUCAGAGGAUCCAGAAGCCUGCUCUCAAGCUUUUGAAGGAGUCCAAGGCUGACCCAGCUGCCUGGUUCCAUGUCCAAGAGCUGCACAAGGCUCUGAAAUUCCACAAGCUCACUGACAAGAAGGAGGUGCCCAAAUAUGAUUUUUGGAGCCUUAGCAUGUAUUGGCAAACCAAGAGGGUGGGGCUGCUCCAGAAGCAGGAGUCGGGCUUUGUCCAUGUCACGUCCUUCGGGUGCACUUGGUGCAAGAACAUUGCGAUGUGUGCCCACGCAGCCCGUAUGUUUAUCAACUUCGUUGGUGGUGACAAACCGGUGGCAAAGUGCAAACCCCUUGAUGACGAGGUGGUUGUGGCUUAUUUGGACUCCUUGACGGAGCUUGUGAAGGCUGUUGGAAUUGCUGAUUCCCUCGGCUUGAGUUUGGAGGACAUCGAAAUUUAAAUGGUUGACACUUGAACCAAGCGAGUUCAACAUUUUUGUUUGAGAUGGACACACAUGCGAGGCGUGA